AUGCGUCAAGCUUCUGUACAUCCCCGUAUGAAGGACAUUCUUCGUGAGAAAUCGGAUGAACAGACUCUCCGCCUCUACUGGGCGACAAAAGUUGAUGAAGCUGAGCAAGCAGUAACGAAGAAAGAGCAGAACGUUCGACGUCUUCAAGCACAGAAAAAUGAAUUAAACGGGAAAGUAGCAUUAUUGAAAGAUGAAAUUCAAAGACUACACGAACAAGCUAGUCAUGUUGGGGAAGUAUGCAAAGCUAUGGAUAAGAAGAAAGUACUUGUGAAGAAUAAUCCAGAUGGAAAAUAUAUUGUUGAUGUUGAUAAAGACAUCGAUAUCAAUCAAUUAGUAGCUGGAACACGUGUUGCUAUGAAAGCAGAAAGUUACAUGAUUCACAAAAUUCUUCCGAAUAAGGUCGAUCCAUUGGUUUCACUCAUGAUGGUUGAAAAAGUACCAGAUUCUACAUAUGAAAUGGUUGGAGGACUCGAUAAACAGAUUAAAGAAAUCAAAGAAGUUAUCGAGCUCCCUGUCAAACAUCCGGAAUUAUUUGAUGCACUUGGAAUCGAACAACCGAAAGGAGUUCUUCUUUAUGGACCACCUGGUACUGGUAAAACACUUUUGGCUCGUGCUGUUGCUCAUCAUACUGAAUGUACUUUCAUUCGUGUUUCUGGUUCGGAACUUGUUCAGAAAUUCAUUGGAGAAGGCGCCAGAAUGGUUCGUGAACUGUUUGUAAUGGCUCGUGAACAUUCUCCAUCAAUCAUUUUCAUGGAUGAAAUCGAUUCAAUUGGAUCUAGCCGUCUCGAGGGAUCACGCGGUGGAGAUUCAGAAGUACAGAGAACAAUGCUUGAGUUACUCAAUCAGUUGGACGGUUUUGAGGCUACAAAAAAUAUUAAGGUAAUCAUGGCCACGAAUCGUAUCGAUAUUCUGGAUUCCGCUCUUCUUCGCCCUGGACGUAUCGAUAGAAAGAUCGAAUUCCCGGCUCCGGAUGAGAAAGCCCGUGCUCAAAUUCUGAAAAUUCAUUCAAGAAAAAUGAAUUUGAUGCGUGGAAUUCGAAUGGAUAAAAUUGCGGAGAAAAUUCCUGGAGCAUCUGGAGCAGAAGUAAAAGCUGUUUGUACAGAAGCUGGAAUGUUUGCACUUCGUGAGAGACGUAUUCAUGUUACACAAGAAGAUUUCGAGAUGGCUGUCGGAAAAGUGAUGCAAAAGGAUUCGGAUAAGAAUAUGUCUGUCAAAAAAUUGUGGAAUACUCCGACAAUUCCAAAACGUCCACAAUUCUUCACUCGAGAAUGUUUCAAUUCGGGAAACACGGUGGUGGUAACAUUGGACUCAAAAGAAAAUCUUCGAGUUUUUGAAUUUAUCGAAAAAGAUGGAGAUGUCUUUUUCAUCGGGCAUUCAGAUUGUGUUGAAUGUAAUUUUGAUUUAUUGUUCCACAAAGGACAAAAAAUGAAUGAGCUCGAAGCCAAGCAUGAUGAAGUCAUUGUCGAGGAAAAACGUCUCUCUCAACAAGAUAAUGGGGAAUCAGCUGACUAUGAAAACGGUCGAAAUGCCGCUCUGCACAGGUCUGCAACAGAUUCGAGAUGUGAAAAACGCGACGUUUCUACUAUGGACUCAGAAUUUAAUGGAGAGAUUGACACUGUGGUUUCAAGAAAUAACGUUGUUUCGAAGGAGGAAUCAGAAGGCUGCGAGGAUGAAAACGUCGUGAAUUCUGGUGACGUUGAAUCAGAUGAAUAUUUGGAGGAAAAGAAAAAUAAAUGUGAAAAUCGAGGCAACUGGUUUACUCAGACAGACGACGAAAUCGAAGAGAAUAGUGAGAAAGAAGAAGAAAAGGAAGUAGUCGUAAACUAUACAUUCGAAAAAUGCUAUGAUGACGUCGAUGUGGAAUCUGAGAUUGAGGAUUCUGAUAAGGAGAGUUUGAGAUCAAUCAACAGAUACGCGGAAUCAGGCGAUGAUUACAACUCAUUCACUGAAGAUAAUUUUGAUUCAGGAAGAUAUAGAAAAGCAAGAUCUUCUGGUUAUUCGAGCUACGAUGUUUCCAAGAAUCGGUUGUAUGGCGUCAAUGCGCAAAAAUCUUCAGAAGUCAGAGAGGUUGACUUCAAAUACUUGAAGAAGUCAGGUGAGUCACAAUUAGCCAAUGCUCAGUUUCUGGAUUGUGAGAUCUUCAAAAGCAUGGAACGUCAAGAAGCGAGACACGACGAAGUCAAUAUUAAGAAGAUAGUAAAUGACGUGGUUAUUCUCCAGAAUCAGAAAUCUGAUGACGUAAAAAACUUGAGAGUUUUCUUGCAAGAAGUGAUGGAAGAGAGUCAAAGAAGAACUGAAGAGUUGCAGAAUAUCUUCCAGGAAUAA